AUGAAUCCCGUUGCCAGUAUUUCUCACUUUGUUGAAAAAAGAAAACAAUCAGUUAAAAUAAGUUCUACACCUAAAUCACCUAAGAGUCAUAUGAUUACUCGAGAUAAGACCAGUUGUCUUCAACCGGUUUAUAGUGAUUUUCUUCAAACAUUAAAUCUUCACGAAGAAUAUUUUAAUCAUAAUUAUGAUCGAUGUUAUUGUUCAAGACAUUAUUCAAUGAAUAGACCGAGAACAUCUAUAAUUGGAGGUUAUAAAUAUACAAUACCAUGUGGAUGGAUGCGUUUUGGUUUAAAAUUUUAUAGAUUUUCUUGUGAAAAUGAAGAUAUUUUUAAAACAUGGCCUAUAUCGUUCUAUGGUACAUCAAUAGAUCAACUUGAACAAAUUUUAUGUAUGCAUUUUAUACCUUUUCCAGGUGAUAGAUUAUUAAAUAAAGAAAUAUUUGCACCGAAGUUUUUUGAUCAAGGUAUUUGUUAUACAUCACCAUCUAUUUAUUAUACAAGUAAUUUAAAAGUUUGUCAAAAACAUGUUUUUACUUCGAAAUCAAAUGAAACUUAUGAAGUUCAAGUUAUUUUACAAUGUAAACAAAAACCAAAUACAUUUGAAGUAAAUCAUGGUCAAUCUGGUUUAUGUAAUAUUAUUCCAGCAAAUGAAAUAAAAUGGAAAACUCGUACACGAUCAACUAUUCUACCUUAUGGAUUAUUAGUACAUAUGAGAAAACAAUAG